GUUGGGGGAUGGCGUUAGCAUCGCUUAUCGAUUGGUGGAUGUUGAUAGCAGGGUAUGUUGACUGGGCCGACGCCUCGGCGAAUAUAGUUGAAUCUAUUGACGUUGUCCCGACCAUCGAGUUUUGCGGUCCAUCGACAGACCGGAGAUGCACGAGAUUCUGACGCUUCUCAUGUGCCUCCUCAUUGUUGUGACCAAUGGUUUUCAUCCAGAAAUAAAAAGCUUCGAGGCGAAUCCUGACACUAAACGACUGUACGAUGAUUUAUUGUCCAAUUAUAACAGGCUCAUUCGACCAGUUAUUAACAAUACCGAAACACUGACAGUAUGGUUGGGAUUGAAGUUAUCUCAAUUGAUUGAAAUGAAUUUAAAAAAUCAAGUGAUGACAACGAAUGUCUGGGUAGAGCAGAAAUGGUUCGAUUACAAGCUACGCUGGGAUCCAGAGGAAUACGGUGGUGUUGAAAUGCUGUACGUGCCAUCAGAAAAUAUAUGGUUACCAGACAUCGUUAUGUAUAACAAUGCGGAUGGGAACUACGAAGUGACAUUGAUGACCAAAGCAACGCUCAAAUACACGGGCGAAGUUUACUGGAAACCACCGGCUAUUUAUAAAUCCUCCUGCGAGAUUAAUGUCGAAUAUUUUCCCUUUGACGAGCAAUCCUGCAACAUGAAGUUUGGCUCAUGGACCUAUAAUGGCGCGCAGGUAGAUUUAAAGCACAUGGAGCAAGAACCUGGAAGUAAUUUGGUGGUAACGGGAAUUGAUUUGAGCGACUUUUACUUAUCCGUUGAGUGGGACAUACUUGAGGUGCCAGCCUCAAGAAAUGAAGAAUAUUAUCCUUGCUGCAAGGAACCUUAUUCCGAUAUAACUUUUAAUAUCAAAAUGAGAAGGAAGACAUUGUUUUAUACGGUUAAUCUUAUAAUACCAUGCGUAGGUAUUACCUUUUUAACAGUUUUGGUAUUCUAUUUACCGAGUGAUUCCGGUGAGAAAGUCUCACUAUGUUCCUCAAUUCUUCUGUCACUGACUGUUUUUUUCUUACUACUAGCGGAAAUUAUUCCACCAACUUCAUUGGCAAUUCCUCUACUCGGAAAAUACCUCUUGUUUACUAUGAUUCUAGUCACUUUAUCUAUAUGGAUAACUGUGUGUGUUCUCAAUGUUCAUUUUCGUUCUCCAUCUACACACAAUAUGUCGCCUUGGGUUCGACAACUAUUUUUACAUUGGAUGCCGAGAGUGCUUAUGAUGCGACGAACACCUUAUUCGACGCCAGAGUAUGACGACACAUAUCUGGAUAGCGGAUAUACUAACGAGAUGGAUUUUAGUUUCCGGGACAGUAUUAGUGACUAUCCAUCUGAAUCCAAGGAUAGUCCCGACGGCUUUGAAAGCGUCACAUCUGCAUAUAAGAAUAUACGUGAUGAAGAUAUACGUCAAAUACCGCAUGCCUCUGUAAUAGACAGCGAAAAUACGAUGCCAAGACAUUUGUCACCAGAUAUCAUGACGGCUUUACAGGGAGUCAGAUUCAUUGCUCAACACAUCAAAGACGCCGACAAGGACAACGAGAUUAUUGAAGAUUGGAAAUUCGUAGCAAUGGUAUUAGACAGACUGUUUCUUUGGAUUUUUACAUUAGCAUGUAUUGUCGGAACCGCAGGUAUAAUUUGUCAAGCGCCAAGUUUAUAUGAUACACGCGAACCGUUAGAUCGUCAGAUCUCAAGCAUUCCCCUUCGAAAAGGUAACUACAUGCUUCCGCCACAGCCUUUCUUCGAUUACGACUAAAGAAUUUCAGUCGUUAAAAAAGUGUACAAAAAUUAAUUCAUUAUGUAAUUGUAUGUACGCUAUUCUUAUUAAAAUAUGUUCAUUCG